AUGUCCUCGCAAGAGCGGAUCCACCGGCUCGACGAGGACUGGACGGGGGUCACAGAUCCUGCGCUACGCAAGAAGCUGCAGAAUAGAGUCAAUCAACGUGUUUUGCGCGCGCGAAAACACGGUAACCGGCAAAAGGCCCUUAUCCUGCGGUCCAAGAAUGACAAGGCAGGUCGGCGCCGUUACGCACUGAUUCUUCCACGACCAGAUCAAACCAAAGGGCCACAGCAGCUAUCUCUUUCUCAACCAGCAUCGCUCCUAGAGGCUGUGGCGAUGAUGACGCGCUUCAACGCAACGGCCUACGAGCGAUACUAUGCCGCAGAUCCAUGUCUGGACCAUUUGCUCACCCUAACCAAAUUCAACGUUCUUCGCGCGUUCGUGGAUAACAUGGCAUCUCUGGGAUUAAGCAUUCAGGAAAUGGGAGAUGACGACAUCUCCCCAUUCAAUACGCCGAACAACCACGAUGACAUUAUCCCCACUAGUCUCUCUCCCACCGCUACUCAACGCUCGAUCCCUCACCAUCCCUGGCUAGACUGUUUCCCGUUCCCCGGGAUGCGGGAUAAUCUCGUGCAUGCCGCCGAGUCAUUUAACGAUUGCGAGCUCUGUACUGAUAUAAUGGAUCCGUCGAAUGGCGACGUGGGAAUGAUGGUGUGGGGCGAUCCUUGGCUGCCGCAGAAUUGGGAAGUCUCGGAGCUGUUUGUGCAGAAGUGGUCCUGGGUUAUUGAGGGGUUUCCGGAGGUCCUCGUGCACAGUAACUACUGGAGGGAUAGACGAGGGUUACAGAAACUGAAAGUGAGGCCUAGGUGA